AUGACGUGGCUAUCUGACCUAGGGAACAGAGUAGGAAUUGGAAUUGGAAUCAAAAGGGGAAAUACCCAGAAAAAUGCAUUCACACCAUUAGAUAAGAAUCCAAAUCUAGGUAUUCUAGCAUUUGAAACAGCUAGAACUAUGUCAAGGCUAUUAUCAAUAUAUAAGUCUCUUACAGAUGAAGAAGUUUUGAAACUACGUAAAGAUUUAAUGAGAUCAGAAGGGAUAUUAUAUUUGAAUUCACGUGAUGAAAGUUAUCUUCUUAAAUUAGCUUGUGCUGAAAGAAUCGAAGAUCUUGAUCGAGUUGUUAUUGCGAUAUCGAGAUUAGGUAAAAAGUGUUAUGAUCCUGGUUUAACUAAGUUUGAUUAUGUCUAUGCUGAUUUGAAAUUUGGGCAGAUUGAUUUAGGUAAGUUAGAAUUUGCAUCAAAAGAAAUUGAUAAAAUUAUUGAUAAAAUGGAGAAAUUUAUAUCAGCGACAUCUUCUCUGUAUACCGGGUUAGAAGCUCUACAUGAAAUGGAAGCAACCGAGCGGAAAAUGAAUCAAUGGAAGAAUCAGAGUACUGCGCUUUCUUCGAAGUCGAAUACGGUUAUUUUCGAUCAGAAGUUGUCCUGGCAAAGACAGCAAGUUAGGCAUUUGAGAGAUGUUUCUUUGUGGAAUCAAACAUUUGAUAAAAUCGUUGGACUAAUGGCGAGAAUUGUUUGUAUUGUUUAUGCAAGGAUAUGUGUGGUUUUCGGGCCGUAUCAUUCUAUUCUUCCAGCGGUUGCAAAAGGUAAACACAAUAGAGGUUAUUCGCAACCUAUAGCUGAAUAUGAUCAUAAAGAACAACAAGUGAUGAUAUCGAAAUCAGGUCCGAUAUUAAAACCUAUAUCAAAACAUGGCUUAGUAAGGUUUUGGAGUAGAGAAUCGAAACCGGCACGAGAUGAAAAUAUUGGAUUAGGAAUGGGGUUUAAAGAGAAUCCAUAUAUUGGGUUUUCAGGAAUUGGAAAGCCGAGUACUAACUUAAUGCAACAAGCUUCAUCGACUACGGUCGGAGGUUCUGGAUUGGCAAUGAGAUAUGCAAAUGUAAUAAUACUAUUGGAAAGAUAUUUGAGUUCUCCAUCUUCUAUAAGUGAAUAUGCAAGAAAAUAUUUAUAUCAAAUGUUACCUGAUAAUCUUCAAGUUCGAGUAACAACGAAAUUAAAGAAUUUGUUAAGAAAAGAAGAUGAAACGGAUUGGUGGGAUGAUGAUUCUCUUGCACAAGGGUUAAAAGAUGGGUUGAGUGUAAUAUUAGGGUGGCUAGCUCCAAUGGCACAUAAUACAGUUAAGUGGCACACGGAAAGAAAUUUCGAGAAACAGAAUUUUGACGCCAAACCUACUUUUUUGCUGAUACAAACAUUGUAUUUUGCUGAAAGAGAGAAAGUUGAAGCUGCCAUUGUUGAAGUUUUGGUUGGUCUGAGUUGCAUUUGUAGGUAUGAAUUAAUGUGUCAAUAUUCUGUGUGA